UCAUCAGCAAAUAAAACGUGCAUUAACAAUGACCCUCCCAAGAUGAGCAGCCGCAGGCAUGGAGAGCCUCCAAUGGCGCCCUCCCUGCCGACCUUCCCCAUAUAUGCACACACUCACAUAUAUAUAUACACACAAACACACAAGCAUAUAUGCAUCCCAACAGUCCAUACCUCCAUCUCCCCCCAUGCUUCGCCUUCGCCUUCGUCUUCGUCUACCUCAUCUUCGAAAUUCUAACACCAAAAUUAAUUUCAUUAUUAGUAAUAUAGUAUAUUAGAGUAGUAGAGGGAUCGAGAGAGAGGAGAAGCAUGAUUUGCUUCAUGGCGUGGUUCGUCGCGGCUUGGAGCUGCCUCCUUGUGGUGGUGAUGGUGAGCUCGAUGAGGCUUAGUAGGUCAGCUUCAUCGUCCUGUGGAUCUUCUUGCGGCCAUGGCGGGUGGGGGCCGAGGAGCUACCCGGUGAUCGGGUGCCUGGUGGCGUUCUACCGCAACCGGCGGCGGCUGCUGGACUGGUACACGGAGAUGCUGGCGGCGUCGCCGUCGCAGACGAUCGUCGUUGACCGGCUGGGCGCGCGGCGCACGGUGGUGACGGCGAACCCGGCGAACGUCGAGCACAUCCUCCGGGCGAGGUUCGCCAACUACCCCAAGGGGAAGCCGUUCACCGACGUGCUCGGCGACCUGCUCGGCAUGGGCAUCUUCAACGUCGACGGCGAGCUCUGGCACGCCCAGCGCAAGCUCGUCAGCCACGAGUUCUCCGCGCGCGCGCUCCGGGACCUCGAGGUCACCGUGCUCGAGGCCGAGGCGCGGGACCGCCUCGUCCCGGCGCUCGCCGCGGCGUCGCGCGGCGGCGGGGUGGUGGACAUGCAGGACGUGCUCCGGCGGUUCGCGUUCGACGUCAUCUGCCGGGUCUCGCUCGGCGUUGACCCGGGAUGCCUCGACCCGGCAUUGCCGGCGCCGAGGCUGGCCGCGGCGUUCGACACGGCGGCGGGGAUCAUCGCCCGGCGAGGCGCGGCGCCCGUGGCCGCCGUGUGGAAGGUGAAGCGCGCGCUCGACGCCGGGUCGGAGCGGCGGCUGAGGGAGGAGGUCGGGGUGAUCCAUGAGGCCGUGAUGGGGCUCAUCCGGAGCCGGAGGAAGGAGCGCGCGCUCCUCCUGGUCAACGGCAAUGGCGUCGGCGGCGGCGGCGGCGCGAGGAGCGACCUGCUGUCGCGGAUGAUCGAAUGCGGGUACCCCGACGAGGCGAUCCGCGACAUGGUGAUCAGCUUCAUCAUGGCCGGCCGCGACACCACCUCGUCGGCGCUCACCUGGUUCUUCUGGCUCCUCAUGCGCCACCGCGGCGUCGAGGCCCAGGUGCUCGACGAGAUCGCCGCGACGCGCCGCGCCCGCGGCGCGGGGGAAGAAGGCGGAGACGACGGCGAGGGCGAGGGGCUCGACCUCGACGACUACCGGAGGAUGCGCGUCCUCCACGCGGCGCUGUGCGAGACGAUGCGGCUGUACCCGCCGGUGGCGUGGGACUCGAAGCAUGCGGCGGCGGACGACGUGCUCCCCGACGGCACGGCGGUGGGGCGCGGCGACCGCGUCACCUACUUCCAGUACGGGAUGGGGAGGAUGGAGGCCAUCUGGGGCGCCGACGCCGCCGACUUCAGCCUCGACAGGUGGCUCUCCCUCCCGCGCGGCGGCGGCGACGGCGCCGCCGCCGCCUCGCCAGCCGCCGCUGCGUUCGCCGGCGUGUCGCCGUUCAAGUACCCGGUGUUCCAGGGCGGGCCGAGGACGUGCCUCGGCAAGGAGAUGGCGUUCGUCCAGAUGAAGUUCGUCGCCAGCGCCGUGCUCCGCCGCUUCGAGCUCCGCCCCGUCGACGAGGGCCGCACGCCGGCGUUCGUGCCGCUCAUGACGGCUCACAUGGCCGGCGGCCUCAACGUGACGGUGCGGCGGAGAACGCCGGCGCCGGCGACGUCGACGGCGGCCAAUGGCACAGGAGGGGAAUUGACCAGUAGUUAACCCACGUGUAAGUACAACAAAACAAAGGAUUAAUUAAUUAAUUAAUUAAUUAAUAUACUAUACAACUGUGCUAAGCUUACACUGCAGCUUACAGCUAAGCACUGUACACACUCUGUAUCAUAUGACCAUCAUAUGAAAUUAAAGAGAUACACACACCAUGUUUCAUUGAGAUCCUUGAUAGAUCCAAGGUAAACAUUGGGUGGUGCUUUUCAAGGUAUCUUCCCUGCUGCACAAGCAGCUUCGUUUGUUGUGCCGAUCCGGCCACGUUUUUUUUCUUUUCUUUUUUUUUUCAAUUAAGGAUCUGUUUGGUUUGUUUGCGGCUACGGUUUGCCGCACAUCAAUUAAUUGUCAGACGAGAUGCCGUAGCUUGUUAAAUAAGUGUCUGGUUGAUCACUGUAACUAUGAUCCGAAACCAUGUUAGCGACACCACACCGGUCGUGCUGCUCUA